UUGUACAGUUUGUUUUGCAACGCUUUUACAGCUUUGUUUUAAACGCCUUUACAGCUUUGUUUCGCAACGAUUUUACAGUUUUGUUUUGCCUAACCGCCUUUUAAAAUCUAUGAUUAAAACGGGUAUCUGUGGAGCUCUUUCGUUCUGAUUGUAGUUCUCCAGUCUGCCAUCGAGGGCAGAAAUUGGUAGCGAAAGUAGGGCAAUUUGGACUCUAUAUAUCUCUAGGUCGUUGAAUAUAACUUUUUUUAAAUUUUUUUUUAAUAUUGCACUUUUUGUUUUAACUGUAUUAAAUAACAAGUUGAAAUCGAUGUAAUCGUUGAAAUGCGAUAUUCUCGGUUAAUCUCUGUUUAAUUAAAAGUGCAAAAAUAAAAGGAAUAUUUAGAUAAUAAUGUCUCCUAGAAACCGUUUUCUGUAUAAACUCAGGUCAAUGGUGGUCGUCACAGGUGGUGCCCUUGGACUCUGCUCGGCCGUCAGCGUGUACCGCGAGAAUGAGAGGUUUUACGAUGGCGUCGUGGUGCCCCUGUUGUCGAUGCUGGACCCGGAAACUGCUCACAACGCAGCUGUGGUCGCCUCCAAGUGGAGGCUGGUCCCUCCCAGCAGGUUCACGGAUCCGGACAGCCUCCACACACGGGUGUGGCACCUGAAGUUCUCGAACCCUGUGGGUCUAGCAGCGGGCUUCGACAAGCACGGGGAAGUAGUGGAGGCAAUGCACGGGUUCGGGUUCGGGUUCGUGGAGGUGGGCUCGGUGACGCCUCGCCCGCAGCCUGGCAACGACAGGCCGAGGGUGUUCCGGCUGCCGGACGACCAGGCCAUCAUCAACAGGUACGGGUUCAACAGCGAGGGACACGACGCGGUGCACGACCGGAUCAGCAGCGUGAAGGCCAGUCCCCGCUUCCCUGGGGUCGUCGGGAUCAACCUCGGCAAGAACCGAGACGCUCAAGACCCCGUGGGUGACUACGUUAAAGGAAUAAAAAAGUUUGGAGCUGUUGCUGAUUAUCUUGUCAUAAAUAUUUCCAGCCCCAACACCCCGGGCCUGAGGGGCUGGCAGAGCAAGGAGCGGCUGGCCGCCCUCCUGGGGGCCCUGGUCUCGGCCCACGCGGAGCUGUCGGAGCCCCGCCCGCCCCUGCUCCUGAAGCUGGCCCCGGACCUCGGUCCCGACGAGAGGAGGGACGUCGCAGAAGUGCUGCGGCGCAAGGAGUGCCGUGUGGAUGGGCUGGUGAUCUCCAACACGACAGUGGAGCGAGCCCCCUCGCUGCACGGGCCACAUGUCGCCGAGGAAGGAGGACUCAGUGGUCGGCCGCUGUGCGACCAGUCAACAGCCAUGAUCGCAGAGAUGUAUCGCCUCACUGACGGCAGGCUGCCCAUAAUCGGGGUGGGCGGUGUGUUCUCUGGACGAGAUGCGUACGACAAGAUCCUCGCGGGGGCUAGCCUGGUGCAGCUGUACACUUCCUUCGUGUACCACGGCCCGCCCCGGGUCACCAGGGUCAAGCGUGAGCUGGACCAGCUUCUCAGGUACCUGCGUGGUCAGGGGCAGCCGGCAGCUUUGUUGAUUGUUGGUACCUCUCGUUGGCAGCAAAUCCCCGUUUUUAUGAUCCUUCACGGUUCCCAGGAAUAGGGUUUUAAUAGAAUAAUAAAUAUUUUUGGUCCGACUGACACUCCCUUCCUGGAAACUUAGUAAAAAUAUCCCUUUCACACACCGUUCCGUGUUGCGUCAUCUGGCUAGAAAUAGACAAGUUUUCAAACUCAAAUUUAGAAUCUGUUUUAGUGGUAGACAUCUUCCGAAAAGGACGGCUACCCAAGGAAAGCAUAUUGGACUAUUUUCUGUAACCAAACAAGGCAUAAACACAUAAAUUUGACACAUAUCGCAUAAGGAAAAUUAAAAACCUUUUGAUUAAAAUUGUAAUUUAUUAGACGUUAGCCGUAACUAUAUACCAUGCCAGAGAGGUCAAGAAGGUUAAGCGCUGUAACAUUGCUUUGUUAUCGCUCAUGCCAACCAGUGAGUAUGGAGACUGGAAAUGCUGGGGAGGACAGGUGGCGGUCAGUGUUUUUCCUGCUGGGGGGGGGGGGGGGGAGACUUAGGUUUAUUUAUUAGGCUGUGAAGGGACCCUUUUUGGUCAACCCAUGUGAAAAGAUGAUUGCUUGAACUGACAAAAUAAAAAACAUUGCCGGCUGCAGUUAAAAUGAAAGUCAAAAGGGCAGGCAUGCAUCCAGUCUGUUGAGGUGUGUAUGUGUAUCUGUACUCAAAAAACAUGUCAUAGCAUUUCAGGAUAACAGUUUAACAGAGUCCUUAUAUGUUUAUAGCCAGACUUUUCUACGUGAUCUCUACAAGUUCCGUAGUCAUGUUUUGAACAAAAGUAAUCACCGGCUAGCUAGUGUCGAACCCUGUUUAACAGACACACGUAAAGCUUUUAUCAGUUUGCUGGCAGUUCUAAUAGAUUUUUACUCUCAACUUAGUUAAAAUUAAGUAAGCCAAUAAUGCAUUUGUUAUGUCUCUGACCAACCGUGUUAGAUCUGUCAUUUUCUGCAUUAGUUUUCUCAUAAUUUACAUUGCUCAAAGUAGUUAAAAAUAAAAA